GCAGCUAAGCUUUAGGGGAUUUCUCACCAACUCGUUGCCGCUUACAAGGUCUAAUGCAAAAUGGGUACCGCAACACUGAAACGUGACGAAAUACUCCUGCUGUUCGACGUGGACGGGACUUUAACCAUGCCCAGGUCUGUGGUGACCCCAGAGUUCGAGGAGUUUUUCUACUCGAAGGUGAAACCCAGGGCGACCAUCGGAAUCGUGGGAGGAUCCGACCUGGAGAAGAUGUUCGAGCAGCUGAACGGCGACAAGAUCCUCAACGAGUUCGACUUUAUAUUCCCGGAGAAUGGAUUGGUGCAGAUUGAGAAAGGCAAGGAGGUGGGAAAGCAGAAUAUCAUCAAGCAUCUCGGAGAGAAAACCCUCAAGCGCUUCAUCAACUUUGUCCUGCGCUACUUAUCCGAACUGGAUGUGCCGAUCAAGAGGGGAACCUUCAUCGAGUUCCGAAAUGGCAUGAUGAAUGUCUGCCCCAUUGGGCGACAGUGCACCCGGGAGGAGCGGAAUAUGUUCGCCGAGUACGACAUUGAACACAAAGUGCGGGAGCAAAUGAUCAAGGACCUCAAGAAGGAGUUUGCCGACGUGGACCUGACGUACUCCAUUGGCGGUCAGAUCAGCUUUGACGUCUUCCCCCACGGCUGGGAUAAAACCUACUGCCUGCGUCAUAUCGAGGCCUAUUACAAAUUUAAGGAAAUUCAUUUUUUUGGCGACAAAACGGAGCCGGGCGGCAACGACUAUGAGAUUUACAGCGAUCCCCGAACUAUCAGCCAUAGGGUGUAUACUCCCAAGGACACACAACGCAUCCUCACUGAGAUUCUGGGGCUGUGAAGCAACCAAGCUUACUCAACAUUCAAAAAAUUCCAUUUUUUUAUACAUGUGUACGAUUGUUAACCAAAUUUAAUAUAUAGUCAUUUGAGAGAA